UAUAAUACAUGCUAUUCGUUCCAGCUUUCUGUGUAAACUUUCUCCAUGCUAAAUCUCACACUCUUUCGUACGCGCUGUGUCCUACGAGUACAAAAGGAGUAAAAAGAUUUAUUAUCACGUAUGUAUAUUUUAUUAAGUAGAUAAUCGUCAAAUGAUUAACACGUUAAUAACUUCUUGACAGCAAACUGAAAAAGCUCUUACGUCAAAAGCACAUUGUUCACGUGUCGUUCAUUAAAUUUUCAUGAAUGGUGGUGGGGACUGGGCGAACACAAUAUUCUGUGUGGGACUUCAGCCAGUUCACAGUUCAUUGAAUGUCGGUGCGCCUGCGCGGACUGAGCGCCUCGAUAGCGCAGUAGCGGGAAAUUCAAAUAUUCAAAUAAAGAACGAUCUUUAUUUUUUAAAUUUGUGCCUUGUCUAUUGUGUUUUGUGAUUGUUAAAGGAACAUUACACGAGGUUUUCGGGUAUGCUGUAAGAUGACAGCUAGCUUCAGUUCCCUGCUGGUGGCAGUCAUCGUAUUCAGCAACUGUAUAUCGUGGACACACUCCAGACAUCACUUCACUCACAACGUAAACGGUCAUCGCAUAAGGCACAGACGCAAUGGUGCAGGUCUCUUUCUGUCAUCAUCGUACGUGAUUCCGGGGGGAGAGGGCACAGGGCCGUGGGGGGAGUGGGGGAAAGUGUCGCCGUGCUCAAGGACAUGUGGCGGCGGAGUAGCCAGCCAGAAGAGAAUAUGUCUAGACAUAGGACCAGAUGGUAGAGCUCGCUGUACUGGCGGUAAUACUAAGUUCUUCUCGUGUCAAACUCAAGAUUGUCCAGAAGAUUCUGGGGACUUCAGAGCACAACAGUGCGCCGAAUAUAACAAUGUUCCACUUAGAGGCUCUUUGUAUACUUGGGUGCCAUACACAAAAACAUCGAACCCUUGUGAGCUGACGUGCAUGCCUCAGCAGGAUCGGUUUUACUACAGAUUUAAAGACAGGGUCAUUGAUGGGACUCGUUGUAAUGACGAAUCGUUCGAUGUCUGUGUGGAGGGCGUUUGUCAGCCGGUUGGCUGUGACAUGAUGAUUGGAUCAAACGCUAAAGAAGAUAAAUGCAGACAAUGCAGAGGUAACGGCACCCAUUGUCACACCAGCACAGGAAUCAUCGACUCAAAUGAUCUCAGGAAAGGAUAUAACGACGUGCUUCUAAUACCUGAAGGUGCCACAAGCAUUGUGAUUUAUGAAGUAAGGGAGUCAAACAACUACCUCGCUAUCAGAAGCAAGAUCAAGGACAAAUAUUAUUUAAACGGCGGAUACCGCAUCGACUUUCCGAGGAGUAUUGUGAUAGCUGGUACCCUGUGGCACUACGAGCGUUCGCCCCAAGGGUUUGCUGCGCCAGAUAAGCUGACUACUCUCGGUCCCACCACAGAACCCUUGUAUUUAUCACUGCUCCUCGUUGAUGACAAUGUGGGUGUCCAGUAUGAGUACAGCUUGCCGACCGCCUUGGCUCCCCGUCCGCAUCAGCAAUACAACUGGGUUCAUGGUGAAUUCACACCCUGCAGUGCUUCGUGUGGUGGAGGUUUUCAAACACGCAAUGUGAGCUGUCGGUCGCGUGAUGAACUAGAUGAAGUAAAAGAUAACCUGUGUGAUGAAGGUCUUAAGCCACCUACUAACCAGAGUUGCAACACGGAGGUGUGCCCAGCGCACUGGGUGGAGGGACCUUGGAGUAACUGCUCGAAGCCUUGUGGAGAAGAUGGAACCAGAUCGCGGCAGGUUCGCUGUGAGCAGGUUAUCAGUAAUGGACAUUCGUCAAUAGUCGAUGAUAAGGAAUGCAUCGAGCUCCACGGACGAAAACCGGCUCGAUUCGAGGAAUGUAACAAGAACGCAACCUGUCCAACUUGGUUCAAGGGACCAUGGAAAGCUUGUGACAAGCUUUGUGGUGGGGGUAAGCAAACCCGGCAAGUGGUCUGUCAUCGGCGAGUCAACGGUCGAGUGGAGGUGUUUGGAGACGAGGAGUGUCCUGAGGAGAAGCCACCUGCAGAACAGCCCUGUAUCCUGCAUCUUUGUGUUGCAGUGGAUUGGGUGCUCAGUAAUUGGACGGGGUGUGAUACAUGUUCAUCUAAAAACAGAACUAGGGUAGCCCAAUGCGUGACUGAAAACCGCCAAGUGGUUGAUCCAAGCAUGUGCAGUUAUCAUCAAAUGCCUGUUUUGGAAGAGCCGUGCGAUAAAGACAAAUUACCUGAUUGCGAAGUACAAUGGUACGCGACCCAGUGGAGCAAAUGUUCAGCGUUGUGUGGUAAAGGUAACAAAACACGUCUUGUAUUCUGUGGACGAUACGACGGGGUAUCGGUGGAGAAGGUUGAUGACAAGGAAUGCAGCAAACUAGAACGAUACAGCGAUACCAAGGAAUGCGAAGUCCCGAAUGAAAAAUGUCCAGCACAGUGGUUCGCGGCACCGUGGACUAAUUGUACAAAGGUAUGCGGCGGCGGUGAACAGAAACGAGCAAUUAUGUGUCUUCGCGGUAACAAGGAGUCUAAAGACUGUGCUGAAGAUUCCAUUCCUGAGAACUGGCGAUCAUGUAAUGAACAGCCCUGUGAUGAAGACCAAAUGCUACCAUUGAAUACUAAGUCUACACCCAUUAUGGAUGAUGAUUACAUUCUCGGGGAAUGUAUUGAGUACGAAAAGGACUACGAAGAAGAAGGAGCCGAAGUUAUUGGUGACACUCUUCCCAGUAAUGAGCUCGACGUCAUGUUUAGUGAUAGCCCAGUUCUAGAAGGCUCUGGUGGCUGGACCGCUUUCACUGAAAUUGAAUCAGAAUUUACUACUGAAGAAGGCUCUGGUGCAGAUAUAAGUGUAACGGAGGUAACGGUAACUCUUAGCGAAUUCCCAACAGAUACUAACACAGAUGAAUCUACUGAUAUCACUAUAGCAUCGACAACUUUAACAAAUACCAAUAAACCUUCUGAACACACUACAGAAACCGAAACAAACACCGACGAAACUACCGAAAGUACUGAAGAAUCCACAACUGUAACAAACACAAACAAUAAUGCUGAAAGCACUAUUUAUUCAUCAACUACUGACAUUGCAACUGAGAGUACGAUUGAUUCCACCACUGGAACAAAUAUUGUAGAAUAUAGUGAAAGUACGACCGUAACAAAUACAGAUAAUGUAACAGAAAUUAAUUUAGAUUCAACAACUGAAACAAUUACUGAUGAAUCUACUGAAAGUAGUGUAGAACCCACAACUGGAACAAAUAUUGAAAGUACUAUAGUUUCAACAACUGAAACAAAUACUGAUGAAUCUUCUGAUAGUACUGUAGAAACAACUACAGAUACUGCUACUGGUACUACUUUAGAAUCUACGACUACAACAAAUAAUGACAAUGGAACUGAAAGUACUACAGAUUCAACAACUGAAACUAAUACUGAUGAAACAACUGAAAGUACUGUAGAAACAACAACAGAUAAUACUACUGAAAUAAGUAUAGAAUCUACCACCGGAACUAACAAUGACAAUGAAACUGAAAGUACUAUAGAUUCGACUACAGCAACAAAUACUGGCGAAUCCUUCGAAAGUACCAUAGAAUCUACAACUGGUACAAAUACUGACGAAUCUUAUGAAAGUACUAUAGAAUCUACAACAGGAACAAAUGGAGAAAAUGCUUCUGAAAGUACUUUCGAAUCGACGACAGGAACAAAUACUGACAAUGGAACUGAAAGUACAAUAGAAUCCACUACUGAAACGAGUACAGAUAGUACUAUUGAUAGUACUAUUAAAUCCACAACUGGAGCAAAUACCGACGAUGAAACUGAAAGCAGUUUAGACAGCACAACUGGAACAAAUACUGACAAAUCAUCUCAAAGUACUGUAGAAUCUACAGCAGACAGCUCUACUGAAACAACUAUAGAAUCUACAACGGGAAUGAAUACGGAUGAAUCUACAAGUGGCACAACUGAUGUAGGUCUUCAGACUGGUAGCACAGAAAUAGGUGUGUAUUUUAUAGUAGGAACAGAAAUAGUCUCGACAACAGAUGCUGGGUUCAGUUCGACUGAAAGCUCUACUAUAACAGAAGCUGGAACAACACAGACUGGAACCAGUGAAUAUGCCGAAACAUCUUCCACCGAAUCUAACGAACCAACAUCAUUAACGCAAGAAAGUACUACUGAAGGUAAAUAA